UAGCAGGUAGUUUUCCAAGAACAAUAGUUGAUCGAGCAGGUGACAGAGCAGGCUGCGAACGCUGUCAGCGGGUGUUGUGGAUCACACACGAAAGGCUUGUGCUGUCGCCACCUCUGCCGGGACACUCACCGCAGCGUUCGAGAGGGGUCCAGAGAAAAAGAGAGCACGAGCGCCACCAUGCCCACCGCGGAAGAUGACCCCCUGGUCACCUCCAAGCGUUACGGGAGCGUCAUGAGCACGCCCAACAUUAACCAGCUCGCGGAGGAUGCGGCCGGGAAACACGCCAAGUUCAACCGGAGCUCCUCCGUUGGCCCCGGGAUCGUGGCCAGCAACCUCAACCCGCAGCAGCGCAACCGCCGCGCUCUCUACGUGAACCUCCCGUUCUUCAGCGUGUACGGAAUGCAGUACCGCGAGAAGAGCAUCGCGAAGUCUCUCUCCAAGCUGAGCCUCAUGGACCUGGACAUCGCGGGACAGGCCAAGUACGUGGAGGGGGCUGAAGCAGAGGGGGUCGAGGACGAAGUGGUAGUGACCUGGCCGCUCGUCACCGCGGUGCUCGUGGCCGUCCUCCUCGAGUUCCUCGUAGGCUUCAACAUCGGUGUCAUGAAUGCCCCAGAGAAGGUGGUGUUCCCCUCACACACGACGACCGAAUGGUCGCUCGCCGUUUCCGUGUUCGCCAUCGGCGGGCCGUUCGGCGCGAUCCUGGCCGGGACGGUCUCGAACCGAAACGGGCGGAGGGGGGCCAUCAUCGUCAACACGUGGAUCUACCUCAUCGGGGGUCUGCUGUUCGCGCUUGCGCCGACCGUGCUCUGGCUUGUGCCUGCGCGCUUCAUGAUCGGUUUCGCCUGCGGUUUUUCUUCCGUGGUCGUGCCCAUAUACCUCGGGGAGCUCGCGCCGCCAACUCUGCGGGGCACCCUGGGCACGAUGACGCAGUUCGCGCUGGUGAUCGGAAUCCUCGGUUCCAACCUGCUGGCCUUUCCCCUCGCCACGCCCUCGGGCUGGCGCUGGAUGUUCGCCGUUACGCCGCUCCUGGCCCUCGUGGAGCUCGUGUGCAUGCCUCUCAUAUUGGAAAGCCCUAGGUGGCUCCUGGCUAAAGACGAGUACUCCAUGGAGGCAAGACUUGCCAUCGGCAAGCUCAGGGGACUCACGGAUGACAACGAUGUUCAGGUCGAGAUCGACCACAUUCUGGAGGCCUCGAGCGCGCAGAGAACAAGCCACACCAGUGCUCACUCGCGGGGCGCCGUCCUGGACCUUUUCAUGGACAAGCGGCAACGCCUUCUGGUGGUGUCGUUCUUGAUACUUCACGCGGCGCAGCAGCUGACGGGGAUCAACGCCGUCUUCUACUACUCGAACAGCUUCUUCGUGGGCAUCAUCGACAACCCGCUGGUUGGCACGACGCUGGUCGGGGUGGUCAACGUGGUCGCGACGUACGUCGCCCUUCAACUCAUGGACAAGACCGGGCGGGUCCCGCUGUUGCUGUGGAGCACGGGAGGUAUGCUCGCGUCGACCGUGGUCGUGACCCUGUCGCUGCUGGGCACGCUGCCCAACGUGAUCGCCGUGUUUGGGGUGAUGGCCUUCGUGACCUUCUUCGAGAUGGGUCUCGGCCCCAUCCCCUGGCUCAUCGUGGCGGAGAUGUUUGACGCGAAGUACGUGGCGACGGCCAUGUCCGUGGCGUGCCAGGUGAACUGGGCGUCCAAUUUCAUCGUGGGGAUCGGCUGGCCGUACAUGGCGGCCGCGAUGGGACCCUACAGCUUCGUGACCUUCGGGACCCUGCUGCUCCUGACGUUCCUCUUCACCUGGCAGUACCUCCCCGAGACGGCCGGCCGCUCGCACGCCGAGGUGCAGCGGGCGGCGAACGAGCCGCGCAGGCGCUGGGGGGGCCUGUUCGGCUGCCCCUCCCCCGCCGAAGUGGCUUCUUCGAUCAACAGCAACAACGGCCAGCAGCAGCAGCAGUCGGCGUCGGGGAUGGAGUACGUUGUGGUCGAAGGAGUAGACCUUUCCAUAACGUAGGACAUUGUUUGUCUCUCUUGUCUUCGUUUCUGGGUACCAUUUUUGAAGCCGAGGCGUAUGGGGUCUCGAUGUCUGGGUUGUUAGUUGUAAGGUCCCCGUGCCGACAGAGCACGAGAGGGUCAGGGCUCCGCGGCAUUGCUUGAUACCGUUUUUGAAGCCGAGGCAUAUCGGGUCUCGAUGGCUGAGUUGUGGUGGGGUCCCGGUCCUGAGGGAGCGCGAGAGGGUUACGGCUGCGCGGCUGCGCGCGCGGAGUGGUGUUGAAUGCCGGCGCCGUAUUUAAAUGGGGGGGGCAGGGAGUUUGGCUGACCACGGUAGCAGCUGCUCCGCUUCGCGUGUAUGAAGCCGUUUUCGUGUGGGUGGGGGUGGCUUGCGUUGUUUGAUUUGGUUGUCGUGGGUAAUAGCUUGGACUGCGCGUGGGGAGUAGCCUCGAAUGGGUGCCACAGGGUGAUUUUUGGUCAUGACAUCGCCAGGGCCCUUUAUGUGAAGCACACACGCGCCAGAGAGGCGAAUAGUCCUGUUCGCGUCAGAGACGAAAAGUAGGUAACAGCGGUGUUGGAUGUGGCGUUGUAGGGUGGGGCGAUGCGGCGGCGGAGGCGGCGGCGGGCGGUGGCGAUCCGGCCUGUUGCUUGGUACGAAACUGGCGGCGUUCGCGUGUCGGCGGGGGAAGAUGUGCGUGCAUGCGUGCGUUGGGUUUGCCUGGCGGUAGGAGGAGUAAAUGCAGCAGCUGCUGUGUAACAGCAUUGGCAGAGAGAUUGGUGGAAGUGUCUGCAGUUUUGCACCGAGAGAGGAUGUACGCGCGUGUGGGUGAUUUGCCCGGGUGGUGUGCCCUGUAGGGCACAGGGCUGGGAGUAGCGGCGAUGGCGGCAGCAGCAGCAGCAGCAGCAGCAGCAGCAGCAGCAGCAGCAGUAGCAGCAGCAGCAACGGGGAGGAAAUUCGGAAAACGUCGCUCACUGCCGUGUGUGUGGUUUCAUUUUUCGCUGUUUUCUGUAUUAACGUUAUGCGCGGCGAGUGAGGUCGAUAGGUAGCUUUAUUCCGAAGAUGUGGGUCUGCACAGGAUUUGUCCCGGGAAGGGUCGGUGGCAAGGGAGGGGGGGGGGCGCAGCAUUCGGGGCUCGUGUGUCCGUAGGCAACGAUAGUGUUCGAAUUGUGGCAUAGGCGUUUCCUUGAACGGAUGUGCAUGUGAACGGGGGGAGGGGGAAACACAAGUGCGAAGAGAGCUGGCAAAUAUGACCCUUGGACACGGAUCAUCCAUUGCGUUGUAACUUGACCAGGCGUGUAUCUGUAUUUUGCUUUUUUCAACCCCCUCCCCCAGGGCAUUUUUGUUGGCCGGUGGUUGUUGUAAUCCCAUGUUUGUCUAUGGAGGAUACUCCUGGAGAUAUAUGUUUGAUCGGGCCGAAAAAGAAGGCAACGGAGGGGCGGCACAUGGAUGCGUGAUGUGUGCAUACACGCGCUCAUGAAAGCCUGGACGUCAGAGCAUGGACUGACGGUUGUGGUGUUGUUGUCCAAAGUCUUGGGUGAGGUUGUCGGUGCGCGCUUGUCACGACCAUCCCUGGGUGCGCUGUAGCCGUGGUCUGGCCUCGGGAGCGGUCGGGUGAUGCUAGACGCGAACGGAGAGCGGGGGAGGCGGUGCUGCUGCUGCGGGAAAGCUUGACUGGCAGCUUUUGUUUGCGUUGUUCACGGCUUUUCCAACCCUCCCCGUGACGUAGGGUGUGCGUGAAUUCGGUGUCCAUGGCGUUGAUUUUGAGAGUUCAGACGCGAGAGUUUGGCCGUAUUGAGCACGGAACGACGAACGUACAUGCAUCUAUCUGCUAAUGAUGACAUAGCGACGUCUAAACAUUUUGGGGUGGUGGUGGAUGUGGUGGUCGUGGUCGUGGUGGUACUAAAGGUGUGGUAGUGCUGGCGACUUUGCGUUUUCAUCCUUUGGUGAGGAUUUGAUGUCUUGUAUGACUGUGAUACCCACAUGUCUUCCGCGAUAACGUACGAAGGUGGAGGCGCGUUACAUUUUGUGUUAAGUUUGAAACAGGCGGGGGCCAUCAUGCGGCCCAACCCGGAAAUGCUG